AUGUCGCCGGCGUCUGCUCGCUCCUCUGUCACCGGUCGCCGUGUACAGAGCCUACAGCCUGCGCGGCGCCUGGUUGACGAGCACGAUGCCUACUCUUUCGCCCUACGCACUGCCUACCUCUCGCAUCUCCUGCAACCCAAGGCUCGCCGCACCCACCAUGUCGCCCAGCCCGUUAAGCCCAUCUCGCGCUCCUCGACCUCCAUCACAGAUCUGGUCAAGGACUUCUCCUCCAUCAGAGACUCCAAGAGCACCCGUCUGCCACAUGGCUUCACCGGUGAACUAGACAAGCGCAUUACAGGUGUACUUGUUGGCAAAGAGCGCAUGCCCGAGUUCAACGAUCCUCUGGUCAAGCGCACCUUUGCCACCUUUCUGAACGAGUUCAAAAACCCUACAUUUCGCAAGUCCAUGGAGAAGGAUCGCCGUGUCGAGGAUCUGCUCUUGAUCUUCUUCUCCAAGGCCACCUCGGAGCUACAGAAAGGAAAAGGUCCGGAAGACGACUCGUGGAAGCUCAUGGUCGAUCGCCAUGUUGCUCUGUUCGUGCGCCUCAUCAGCUCCACUCUCAAGAAAGACGACUGGGCGCGCGAUCGUCCAGAACUCACCACUCGCCUGCAGACCCUGGAGAGCAAGCUGCUGGUACACGCUCAGGACUUGACAAGCUCCUCUCAGCCUUCAGGUGGGACCACAAUCGAAGUCGAGGUUCCCCGCAGUUCAGAGGUCAAAGAUAUGCCGCUUGUCCUUCGCAUUGCAAACAUAUUUGGCACCUCGUAUGACCAGAUCCAAGCCGACAUCGACUCGCACAAGGCUGUGUGGACCGAGCAGGCCGCCAUACAAGACUUGAAGUUGUACCAGAUGCAUCUCAGCCUGAACUCUAGUAGAACCCUCAGCAACCAAGACUUUCAAUCUGACGACGUCUACGAAGCAUGGAAGAAGGCCGAGAUCCAGGAUCUCUCACAGCUAAUGUUGACCAUCAUUCAGUCCAAUCCUGAGCUUGCAAGGAGCACGACUGGGCCAGCUGCUAUCAAGUCUCCGCCCCUCGCAUCGACCGAUGAUGUUGACCCAUCCGCUUCAGCCGAGCAAUCCUUCGAUCUGAGCACACUGAGCCUGAACAACUCACCUCGUGAGUCGGUCAGCGAUGACACGGCCUUCACAUACAUUCCAGCAGAGCCAAGGGCCUACUAUCGAGCUGUCCUGAGGAAGGCCCUGGACAAUGACCUGUUUCAAGACGACGACGCCGAGGGUGUAGACGGACCAGAUAUACAACUACUCUCGAAGCAAUCCACUGAUGUUCUCAACGAGCUAGCGCUGCGAUGGCGCGUUCCACAACCCUCCCGGAUGACACUAUUCUUGGACGUCAUCAGGGAGAAGUUUGAUCGUCAGGAGAUCACUUUGGACACGCUCGAUGCCGCAUUCAUGUAUGUGAAGACGCCUACGGCCGAAGUAAAAAAAGCGAAUCGUGUGAGUCAGAUGACUCCCUCUAACAUGUUCGAUGCGUCGAAGUGGACGGUGUCUGACUUUUCGCUGCAACAACAAUCCCUCUCAUCGAUUCAUGAUGCACUUCUCAGGGAACUUUUCGAGCUUCUGCAGCAUUGCUAUGAGCCCAAGCCCCCUUCUAUCGGCUCGGUGAUGUACAUCCUCGAGACUCAUAUCUACGACGAUCCUCUCUUUGCGAAGACGCCCGAAGAUCUUGACGAGUUCACACUUGCGUUGCACGAUGCGUUGAGACAAAAAGCCCGGGAGGCCUACAACGGUAUGCUCUCGAAGCAUGUCCCUGAGGAUGCAGAAUCUUGGGAGUUUUACCACGUCAUUCAACUUGGCAAAGCAGUAGUCACACUUGCCGACAAGAUCCAAAAGCGUUAUCGCAAGAACCCCGAGAUCAUGGGUGUCAACCCGUUAACGGCGUUGGUCGAAGAGAUCUUGCCCUCUUUUGCCGCCGACGCUCGCGAUCUGGUAUCACGUAUAGUCGAGGUCGUUCGGGGCCGUGGUGAAGACGUUCCGGUACAGGAUGGGUUCGAUCUGUACAAAGAACUUGUGAGCAUUCGCAAGGUUCAUUCGCAAGCACUUCCCAACGUUCCGUUUGCAUUCCACAUCGAAGGCUUGUUAGCAGACUUUGUGUGGCGUUGGAUCGCUUUGACCGAUGCAAACAUGCUGGGCUGGGUCGAAGGGGCUGUCAACCAAGACGACUUCAGGGUCCGCACUUCUCAUCCGGACAAUGUCCCCACAGACGAAGAGCGCCAUAGUGUAUCCGCAGUUGAUAUGUUCCGUUCUUUCAGUCAGACCAUCGAUCAGAUCAUCAAACUCGAGUGGGACGAUGAUCUGCAGUAUGCCAAAUUCAUGACAGCCAUAUCGAAAUCUAUCGGUAUUGGUAUCGCUAGAUACUGUGAGCUUGUAGAACAGAAAUUUGUCAAGGAGAUGGACCGCAUGACACCCGAACAAGAGGCAGCGUCCCGUCAGACACGACAAGAGAAAUGGGUCCAGAUGGCCAAAGACACGUGGGCGAACAGAGAGAAGGUUGAGCCAUUCCAGUUCUUGCCCGAGUCACUUGUCAAGCUCAACAACAUCGAGUACACGACACUUCAGCUGGACAAACUAGAAAAGGAGAUCAACGUAGACGCUUGCGCAGACGUCAUUCAGAAACACGCGCCUCCGAUCAACCCUGUCAAACUCCGCCAGUCCAGCAAAUUUGUGUUCACUAUCAAGAUCAUCGAGGCAGAAGACCUCAAAGCUUGCGACAUGAAUGGCCUGAGCGAUCCAUAUGUCGUGCUUGGAGAUGAAUACCAGAAACGCUUGGCCAAGACUCGCAUCGUCUACGGUAGCUUGAACCCGCGCUGGGAUGAGACGGUCGAUAUCAGCACCCAAGGCCCCUUGAACAUUAUUGCUACGAUUUGGGAUUGGGACGCUUUGGGGGAUCACGACUGCGUAGGUCGAACUUCGUUGAAACUGGACCCAUCGCAUUUCAGUGACUACAUGCCACGAGAAUUCUGGCUUGACCUCGAUACACAGGGCAGGUUGUUGCUACGAGUAAGUAUGGAAGGUGAGAGGGACGACAUACAGUUCUAUUUUGGCAAAGCUUUCCGAACGCUGAAGCGGAGCGAACGCGACAUGACACGCAAGAUUACAGACAAGCUGUCCUCAUACAUCCAACAAGUCCUGUCACGUAGAGCUCUCAGGGGUCUUUUGAGUCAAGGAAUAUCGAUCAACACGGUCCGUGGAUACUUCCAGAAGGCCAGACCACAAUCCGUCAUUCAAGGACCCACACCUAUCGACACUGCGAAUGCGUUGAAGCCACUUUUCACCUACUUCGAUGAUAACUUUGCGAUCAUGAAACAGACGCUGACGGAUUCGGCAAUGGUCAUGGUUAUGACGCGACUCUGGAAAGAAGUCCUUGUAACGAUCGAAUCGUUGCUUGUGCCUCCGCUCUCCGACAAGCCCUCGCAACAACGGCCGUUGACGCAGCAGGAGCUGGACAUUGUGUUCAAAUGGUUGCAGAUGCUGUUUGACUUUUUCCACGCCGUCGACGAGGAGGACGGUACAGCGCAUGGAGUACCACUGGACAUUCUCAAGUCGUCAAAGUAUCACGAUCUGCAGAAUUUGAACUUUUUCUACUUUGAGUCUACCGAGAAUCUCAUCCGGACAUCGGAAUCAAUGGCCAAAGCGACAGUGGCAAGACAGCAGGCCAGGCAGACGCGAGAGCUCAAUCGUAUGUCUGCACCUGCGACACUCGCACAGCACUCGUUCAGUGGAGCGGCGAGCUUGGUAGGAGUGCCCAGUACACGACGAAGCAAGAGUAUCAUGCUUAGUCGCAACCUUGGAACGAUGAAGAAGGCAAAGGAGGAAAAGCGCAAAGAGGCACAGGCCGAGCCGAGCGACGAUAUGAUCUUGCGGAUCUUGCGGAUGCGACCCGAGGCAGAGAGAUAUCUAAAGGAUCGCAGCAGGCAAAAGGAAAGGCUGGCAGCGCAUGCGGCGGCGGAGCUGAUUGUGCGACAGAGUCUCAUGGCACAAAGAAGUAUGGGGCGUGGACGAUGA